AAGGCAAGGAAGGGUGUGUGCAGUGGGGGCGGGGCCCACGGUCUCGAGAGGCCGGUGAUUGGCCGAUGCAGGUCACGUGUCCUCUCGUCCACCUCCGUCCUCUGUCGUCGUCCGUCGUCCGAGCCCUCCUCUGUUGUGGCUUCCCGGCUCUUCCCUCCUCUGUUCUUCCGAGGCCGGGCUGCCCCGGAGACUCGAGUCGUCUCCCCGCCAUGGACAACUCCGGCAAGGAGGCGGAGGCACAGGCGCUGUUGGCCGAGGCAGAGCGCAAGGUCAAGAACUCGCAGUCCUUCUUCUCCGGCCUCUUCGGAGGCUCAUCCAAAAUUGAGGAAGCAUGCGAGAUCUACUCAAGAGCUGCAAAUAUGUUCAAGAUGGCCAAGAGCUGGAGCGCUGCCGGAAACGCGUUCUGCCAGGCGGCCCAACUUCACCUCCAGCUGCAGAGCAAGCACGAUGCCGCCACCAGUUUUGUGGACGCGGGGAAUGCCUUCAAGAAAGCAGACCCCCAAGAGGCUAUUAACUGUUUGAUGAGAGCAAUUGAGAUCUACACAGACAUGGGCCGCUUCACGAUCGCAGCCAAACACCACAUCUCCAUCGCUGAGAUAUACGAGACAGAGCUGGUGGACAUUGAGAAGGCAAUAGCUCAUUAUGAGCAGUCUGCAGACUAUUACAAGGGGGAGGAGUCCAACAGCUCUGCCAACAAGUGCUUGCUGAAGGUGGCUGGCUACGCCGCUCAGCUGGAGCAAUACCAGAAAGCCAUCGAGAUCUAUGAGCAGGUGGGAACGAAUGCAAUGGACAGCCCCCUGCUGAAGUACAGUGCAAAGGAUUACUUCUUCAAGGCUGCUCUGUGUCACUUCUGCAUCGACAUGCUGAAUGCCAAGUUGGCUGUACAGAAAUAUGAGGAGAUGUUUCCAGCCUUUUCUGAUUCCCGAGAAUGCAAGCUAGUCAAAAAACUCUUGGAUGCCCACGAAGAACAGAAUGUGGACAGCUACACGGAGUCGGUAAAGGAGUACGAUUCCAUCUCCCGGCUGGACCAGUGGCUCACCACCAUGCUCCUACGCAUCAAGAAGACCAUCCAGGGGGAUGAGGAGGACCUUCGCUAGCCCCCCCCCCCUCCAGCCCCCUCGGGCUUCUGUCCCUCCAUCGUUGGGCGCCCUCUGAACUCCCCCCUUCGGGGCUAAACAGAUUGGAGGAGGGAGGUGUUGGGGAGACCUGUACCCAGGGGAUUCAAGCCCCACAGACUGAGGUGGGGAGGGGGUGGUUGGGCCCUUGGCUCUUGUGAGUCUCACCCCCUCCAUGCCCCAGCACAGCUGCACAGGACGGAGACUUCAGCCUAACCUUCGCCUCGGCCUGCUCUCCCCCUCGGAGGGCAGGGGGGAUCCUCUGCUUCCCUUUGGCCCCCCACCCCCAGGGGGGCCCCUCUGCUCAGGCUCUGACCCCCUCUCUAUGCAUCCUUUCCCCCAGGCCCCCCCACCUCUCAGGUUUGGCCCUUUGGCCCAGGACGCUUCUCCCUCCCCCUCCCAUGGUCCCCUCCCGCUGCUGGGGCUGGGGUGGGGGCCGGGGGUCAGAAGGUUCCUGUGCAUGUUUCUACAGUGGGUCCUACCGGAGGAUGAUUAGAGAGCAAUAAAUAAACACUUUUGCAUGA